AUGUUUCCCAGCUUUAAUGUUUUCUACAGAAAUGCCAUCUCCACCAGUUACCUUCCCGUUUGCAAGUGCAUCAAUGGUCCUACUAAGUUCAGUUUCAAAAGUUAUGGUAAGAUUUAUGGUAUGUCCAAAUCCUCGACAUGCAUUUGCCAAGGCAUCAAUGAUUUUGCAGUCCCUCCGAUGAGUAUGAAAACAAAAACAAAAAAAAGUCGCAUUCUUGUUAGAGAACAAUAUAUUAUAACAUGUUUUACAACUCUUUCAGCAUUAAUGUCUAGAAUAGCAUUUCCAUGUAAAAAAGUGAUUAUUGAUGAAAUCGAUUUGCUAAAACUCGAUUCAUCCGAAUUUAAACCACCUGCUCGUGCCAACACGAGAAAGCAAGUUUUAAUAGUGAAUAAAGACAAAGAUGACAAAGUUUAA